UAAUACAAUCAGCAGCCGCAGGUUAGAUCUAAAAUUAGCCGUACAUCUCGGCUCCCCAGCGGGUUCAAGUUCAGUUCCCUUGACUUGCAUUCGCCCACGGAGAUCCCACGCCCACCCGCAUUAUCUCGGGUGGCGAAAUCCGGACUCGCAGAACUCACGUGUGCCCACGCACAUUCUUAGUAUCACGUAGGCCGCUGGCCACUGGAAAAAAUGAGGGUUUGUUGGGCGAUUGCCGAAUUGCAUUGAGAACAGACAAAAAACGAUCGGAGAUUGCCUAAAAAGCGACAAAGUUUAAUGAACGUUGCGAGGGUCAACGGUGCGUAUACUUCAUUAGCGAUUAACGAAGGGAGGUGCCGAGAAAAUGGGCGAGAAAAGGAAUGAAAGGAGACCGCAAAUGACCCAAGGAAGGGGGCGGGGAAGGAGGAAAACCCGUGGAGGUCGCGUGGCUAAUCGACUCGGCCAUAUGUUAGCGUGGAUUAUGGCCCGCUAACUGGUUUCUGAUAUUUAUUGCCAUGCAUCCCCAUUUGCAUGCUGCCCUUAGAAGGCCAGCCAACCCAUCACCCCCUUUCAACACUGAGUUUGUCCCGCAGGAAGCUUUUCAUUUCCGUUGCUGUCGGAAUUUUUACAAUCUAUGAGUGUCCAAUGCAAAGCAGGAGGAAUUCCCAUUAAAAGCAGGCAAUAGGUGCAAAUUACAAGACAAAAAAAACAAAGAAUUACCAAAAAAAAUAAGCGGAAGUGCAGCUAAAUAAAAUGCUGAAAAUGGUUAAAUGAUUCUCACACAGGAAAUAGAAUUCUGCGGACGUCGCGGUAAUUCUUUAUUUAUUUUUUUAACCAAAAAACUAACAUGAAUUACGGCUAAAAGGAGAAUUGAACUUCCUAGGAUUUUAAAUAAGGCGCCUUUAGGAGGCGCCACCUAUACGAAAAGCCUAAAAGUAUGCUAAGCUAAAAGCCACAAAGCGCCAGCUGGCGGAAUAAAAGGAAACUUGUCAAGAGUAUUUGCUCAUAAAUGCGUUACAUAAAAAAACCGAUUUCCUAACGCCUUUUGCCGGUAGUCGGAGCACAAAACCGAGAAAGAAAAUCAAAAAUAAGUUAAAGAAUCCAAACUAGCUUAAAAACAAAUGCAAAUAUUGUGAAAAAUGUUCGUUUCAAACCUAAUAUCCGUUUGUCUCGUGAAAAUCUCCGACGCUGACGACUGAAGAAACCGUAAAAACAGUCCUUUGGAAUUCCAAUAAGAAACGUGCGUAAAUGUUUCGGCGUUUUUGUUUUGAUUCUUAUCAGACUGCGAAACAGACAGCAAAGCAUGUGGGGCGAUGAACAACCGACUACAAAACAAAAUGGAAAGAGCGGAAAAGAGCAUUGCGCGCGCUCCAAUAAGAGCGCCCUCUCUCGGUUUCGGUUCUCUUCUCCCCAAUUGGAGCUUUCGUUUCGGUUUCGGUUUCGUUUUGGAUUUCAUUCGUAAGCGAGCGCUUUCUUCGAACGGACGUCUCCAAGAACGCCCCGCAUGCCACGCCCCCACUCGAAAGGCUCUUGGCAAAAACUCGCGACUGCAUUGAAAACAAAUAGCAAUAUCAAGAGCAAAACACUGAUCAGAUAUUGAUGGGAUUCGAGAUCGAGUUGGAGAUUACUGCCCGUUGCAUUCCAAUCGGAAAUCCACUUCCAUUCCGCUUCGAAAUCGCGCGCGUUUUCCGCCGCGCCGAUCGUUAAAAAUUCAUUAAGGCUUGUUAAUCGCCGCCAAUAAUACAAAUAAUACAAAUAAUCCGAGUAAUCGCAUUGAUUGCCCAUAAUUGAUACUCGCCGUGUGUGUGAGAGAGUGAGUGCCUGUGUGUGAGUGCGAUCGCAUCCGCCGGUAAAUGUGCGCGAAAAGGGAAACGGAUCUGGAUCUUCCGCAGACUUGAUGCCGACGUAGCUGAAGAUAUAUCUCCAGUCCCGCAGCUGGACUCGAAAUGUCACGACGCAAACAGUCCAACCCCAAGCCGUUGAAUAAAGGUGAUUGUUCCGAUACCACAGAAGAGAUGACCGUCGACAGCAGAGAUUCCAAAGAUCUGGCCGCUCAGGAAAUGGGCGAAGAAAAGCAGCAGCAAAUGGAGGAUCAACUAGAGGAUCAGAUGGAGGAUUCCAGAGACCCCCAGGAGAACAACAAUAACAAUAUUGACGACGACGAUGAAGAUGGUGCCUUUGAGCAGCCAGAAGAGACUAAUCCCGAGCAGGAUCUGGACUUGGGAGAGACGGAGAUGGAGCAGGACCACGAUCUUCAGCCGGAGGAGCAGAUUGAACUGCCUGCCAACAGUCCCAGCACUCCGCCCAGGAGUCCCAGCUCUCCGCAGCUGAUUCCCAAACUGGAACAGCCCGCCACGCCGCCCUCGGAGGCGGAACCCUCUCCGUGUCCCUCGCCCUGUCCCCCCACGCCCACGCCCAAGUUCCCCAAGGUGCGUCUGAAUGCACUCCUCGCCUCGGAUCCUGCUCUCAAGCCGGAUGCCAAGGAGCUGACGCUGCCGGACUCACGGCUGCUGGCUCCUCCGCCGCUCGUCAAGCCGGAGACCCAAGCCCAACCGGAGGAACCCCAUCUAAAGCCAGCCAGAUUCAUGUGCCUGCCCUGCGGAAUCGCCUUCAGUUCGCCCUCAACGCUAGAAGCCCAUCAGGCCUACUAUUGCUCUCAUAGGAUUAAGGACACGGACGAGGCGGGCAGUGAUAAAUCUGGAGCAGGAGGAUCUGCAGCCACGACUGGCGAAGUGGGUUUAUCCGGAGGCUCUGGCGAGCCACCAGCCAAAAUCGCCAGGACAGGAAAGCAAUACGGCUGCUCCCAGUGCUCCUACAGUGCGGACAAGAAGGUGUCCCUAAAUCGCCACAUGCGGAUGCACCAGACCUCGCCGGCGGCUCCCACACUGGCCAGUUUGCCAAGUCUCCUCCAGAAUGGAAUACCACCGCCGGGUGUUACGCCAAGUUCACUGGAGGAUAGCUCUAGUCAACAGCAAACAGAUCGCUACUGCAGCCACUGUGAUAUCCGGUUCAACAACAUCAAGACCUAUCGGGCGCACAAGCAGCACUACUGCAGUUCCCGGCGACCGGAGGGACAGCUCACACCCAAACCAGAUGCAUCUCCGGGCGCGGGGUCAGGAGGACCCGGUUCCUCUGGACCCGGAGGCUCUGGAGGAGUGUCUGCCCAGGCAGCUGCGCCCGGAAAGCUCAGUCCGCAGGCCAGGAACAAGACCCCAACUCCGGCGAUGGUCGCUGUGGCGGCUGCAGCGGCGGCGGCAGCUGCCUCCCUCCAGGCCACGCCCCAUUCGCACCCACCCUUCCUGGCACUGCCCACGCACCCGAUCAUCAUUGUGCCCUGCUCGCUAAUUCGUGCGGCCAGCUUUAUUCCAGGACCACUGCCCACUCCAAACUCGGGAAUUGUGAAUCCAGAGACCACCUGCUUCACCGUGGACAAUGGAACGAUCAAGCCCCUGGCCACUGCCCUCAUCGGCGCUUCUCUGGAGCCCGAACGUCCCUCAGCUCCCUCUUCGGCUGCUGAGGCCACAGAGCCCAAGAGCAGUCCACCGGAACCCAAACGAAAGGAGGCAGGAGGAAGUCGCGAAUCUGCGCCUUUGGAUCUCUCGCUGCGUCGAUCGCCCAUCUCCCUGAAUUCCCUGAGCUUGCGACAGCGCCAACUGCGCAAUGCACUGCUCGAUGUGGAGGAAGUCCUUCUCGCCGGCGGAGGAGGAAGUGUCAAGGACAACGCAGAGACUCCGCGAGGAGGCGGAAGUGUGACGCCCGAGCAGAUUGUGUGCGCCCCCUCCCUGCCGAGCAGUCCUUCGAUGAGUCCCUCGCCCAAGCGACGAGCCAUUAGUCCACGCAGUUCUGGGGCUGGCAGUGCCUCCUCCAUGUCGCCACCUGGUCUCAAUGUGGCUGUGCCCCACAUGCUCGACAUGCGCUCCAUGCUGCCGGCGGACUUUGGCCUCUCCGAAUCGCUGUUGGCCAAAACCAAUCCGGAACUGGCUCUCAAACUGGCGGCAGCAGCUGCCGCGGCUGCUGUCGCGGGCAGCAGUGGGGCAGCAGCCUUUCCGCCAUCACCCCUUCCUGCCCAGACAAGUGGCGGAAAUCCUGGCGGCGGAGGAGCUGCAGGUGGCGCCCAGCAGCCGCAAAUCUACGUGAAGAAGGGCGUGUCCAAGUGCAUGGAGUGCAAUAUUGUGUUUUGCAAGUACGAGAACUAUUUGGCCCACAAGCAGCAUUAUUGCUCGGCUCGGAGUCAGGAGGGAACGGGUGAAGUGGAUGUCAAGUCGGCCGUUUCACCAUCCAAUCCAGGAGCUGGAGGACUGGGAGCUGGCGGGUCAGAGGCAGCUUCGUCGGUCGAAACCACUCCGGUGGCCUACCAACAACUGAUCUGUGCCGCCUGUGGCAUCAAGUAUACCUCCCUGGACAACCUGCGGGCCCAUCAGAACUACUACUGUCCCAAGGGAGGAGCAGCUGCUGCCACCGCCGCUACGCCCUCAGAUCCUGGGCAACUGGCCCUGGUGAAGGAAAAGUGCGGAAAGUGCAAGACCCUGCACGAGAUUGGGCUACCUUGUCCACCGCCUGUCACAAAUCCCCUCGCAGCACCCACCACCAACUCCCAGCCCGCCUCCAAUAGCCUGAACAAGUGUCCUGUGUGCGGAGUAGUCAGUCCCACGGCGGCGCUGGCCAAGAAGCACAUGGAGAUGCACGGCACGGUGAAGGCCUACCGCUGCAGCAUCUGCCAGUACAAGGGGAACACCCUUCGCGGCAUGCGCACCCACAUUCGCACCCAUUUCGACAAGAAGACCAGCGAUGUGAACGAGGAGCACUACAUGACCUGCAUCUUCGAGGAGGAGGGUUCCACACUGACCCAAGAGCUGUCUCCUGCAGCUGGAGCAUCUGCAACAGUUGCCCACGAUUCCAUGGAUCAUCCCUCACAGAUGUUUAACUGCGAUUACUGCAACUAUGCCUCCACCUACAAGGGCAAUGUGCUGCGUCACAUGAAGCUGAUGCAUCCGCAUGUGGCCAUCAACUCACCUUCGAUUUCCCCCGACACCAGAGAUCAGGAUGCGACCUCGAACCCCACUCCCAACCUACACUCGAAUUCCGAUGGUUCAAAUGGUGAGGCAGCCAGCUUCCACAUCAAGUCGGAGCCCCUGGAUCCUCCGCCAACGCUGAGCCUGGUGCACGAGAACAACAACUCCCCGAUUUCAACGCCCCACAUCAAGGCUGAGCCCAUGGAGAUCGGUACGGAUGUGACGCCUGGUGGGCUGGUUCCACCGAUGGCUUCUCCUCUGGGAAACAGCAGCGUGGCCGCCGCAGCAGCUGCCGUUGCCGCCGCCGAGGUGAUGAAGAAGUACUGUUCUACCUGCGACAUAUCCUUCAACUACGUGAAGACAUACCUGGCCCACAAGCAGUUCUACUGCAAGAACAAGCCGAUUCGCCCAGAGGCUAGCGAUAGCCCCAGUCCGAAUCACCUGGGCGGGGGCGUGGCCGUGGGCUUGGGCAUCGGCGGAAUCGUGGCUGGACAUGGCCAGCAGAAGAACAAGGAGAACCUGCAGGAGGCGGCCAUUUGAGAGAGCCAGCUGCGGUGGGAGGCGCAGCGCAAGCAGCUGGAAUGGUAUUACACCUGCUUCUGAGCGGCGGCGACCGAACCUAAUCGAAUCCUAAGCGUAGUCUCCUCCUUCAACGUGUAAACAAUACAAUUCGCAACCUGUAAUGGACGACAGUAUUCCCGGAGAAUCUCCCUGUCGCUGCCCUCCACUUCCAAACGCCACUUGGGGACUGACUCCAUCGACUUACCGAUCGAUAGCAGUAUAUAUAUACAACGUACACGCAUAUAUAGUAUACCUAAAGACAUAAAUAUAUAGAUUACCUAGAUAUAUGUAGGACGCAAACCCAUGAAGUGGGAACCAUGACAUAUAAUGCAUGCCAAAGCUUACCACUUAGACAGAAACUAAAUCGAGGGCAAGAAACUACAAGUUUGCAAUGGAUGGCGGAGAAGAAGGAGGCGAAGUAUUCCUAUGUAGAUCCAAUAUUAUUAUGUAAAUGGCUCGCUGUUCCACGUAAAAGCGAGCGAUUCCAACUGUGUAAUUUAACUGACUACAUUAUUUAUUAAGUGUGUGCGACAAUAAAAGUAAUUAAUUUAUUCAACAAAA